GAUCGAGAUUCCAAUAAAAAAAAAAUAACUUUCGUAAAAUACCAUAAUAGUGAUAUGUACACGCAAAUAGUUUACACUGUAGUCACUUAAGUUACACAUGAUAGAACCGCAUGCGUCGACAAAUCGUAUCUGGUAUAUCACACGUCGCGCGUCUAUCGAACUUUGUGCACGUUUGCGAAUACGCGAAUAUUUGAUCAAAUGUUUGGCGAACAUUUUUUUAAUUUCUAGUGCUUGUUUAGUGAUUGUUUAAUGAACGAUUGGAAAUCAAGGGAUGCUUUGUGAACACCAUUUCGAAUGUUUAAAAACAGACUUUGCUGCACCUAACUACAUAUAGAAUACCUUCGGAGUUAUUAAGUAGUAAAUUACAUCUUCGUAAACAACAAUGUCUUCAAAACCCAAAAGCUUACCAAAGCUUCUAAAUAGCACGAGCUUUAACUGAAAUUGCAAAAGAAAAUGGCGACAGCUGGCUGACGAUGGCAAAAUAACGUGAAAGCUCAUUGUCUACGUAAAACACAAGAUCGACCAAAGAUGGCGCUAGUAGUAAUCCUUGUGAUGGCAGCUUUUGCAAGUAAUUCUAAAGUGAGCGGAGAGAUGGCGUUAGCUAAUAUAACAAGAUUUGCUAAUGGUGAUCUAUUUUCUCUAGUAGGAACUGACUGUGGCCUGACUCGGUGUAUGGAGGUGUCACACGGGACUGCUCUGGCUGCAAUGGGAGACGGCUGCCUGUGCCAGUGCAGGAAGGAAACACCAGCUUUCAGGGAAGAUCGCAGGAUUUGUGUCAAUAAUAUUGACGAAUGUCCGAUGGCAAGUUUCGGUCGAGGAGCGACGAAGCCGCAGAUACCUUUCGUGUUUCUGCCUCUCAAGGGGCAGAUUAUUUACCCUUCCAAAGAAAUUGUUUUCACCGACGUAGAAGAUGCAAUAUGUGCAGUGACCAGUGCGCAGUACCUGUCUCCAUCAGGCUGGGUAACACUCAGAGAUCUUGUGGACAACGACGUGCCUUUCGGACUCUACCGCGACGAAGGCAGCACUUAUUUGCAGUGGCGAGGUUCCCCGAGUCUUCACUCGCGUCUGGAAGGGCGCCUGGUGACUGCCCACGUGUUGUGUUCAGCUCACAAACCUGCUCAUCUUGCAGCUUCGUGCGCCGCCUUCCGUAUAGCUGGAAUAACCCGACAGACUCUAUUAGAUGUUAGAUCAAUACCGUUCCACGCUGGAGAGACGGUGACGUCAGAGCCAGCCUCUCAAAGUCAGGGUCUCAGUGUUCUGGAGUCACUCGCAAUUGGUGUCUGCGUAUUGAUGAUUGUCUUCGUGUACGCAGCUGGCAUUAUCUUCUACAUUCACUAUAAGCAGAAGCAGAGAAGGAAAUCUAAAGAUCCAGAGUUGAAUCAUUCUCAAACUACUUCUACAGAUAAUGCAUCAUCCAUUAUCGAUUCACACUUGGGCAUGGAUAGUAUGAGAAUGAAAACAAAUCCAUUAAUGACAAUGGAAAGUGCAAGAAGUGAUUACACAAAUGAUGCUGGUUUAUCUGACGUCAGUGAGCAUACAGAAGAUACGUUUGAUUCCUCAUCUGUCAAUACUCAAAAGUUUCAGGAUCGGAAUUCUAAUGUCAUCUCUGCUGUGGUACAUUCAAGACGUAAAAAGCCAUCAAGACCAUCAAUUAGAGCUUCUUCAACGCCAGAACGAGUCAAUGAAAGAGUGCACAGACGGUCUGCUUCACCAGAAAUUGAAAAAGCACCACAUUCAGAUUUGUCAAUACUUCACUGUAGUAUAGAAAACAAUGAAACAGAGAUGAUACCACCUCCACCAGAAGGAGAGCCAGUUAUACGAAGAAAAUUGUACUUUAAUCCUGUAUUCUUUGAAAUAGAACAUCUAAAGAGCCCUCCACCAGCCGCAAUUGACUUUUUAAUAAAACUAAGGGAAGUAAUGUCAAUUGCCAAAGAAAAGAUGAUAUCAAAAAGAUUUAUUCCUAUAUUAUCCGAUAUUCCAGAAGAAGAAUCAUAUCAUACAGUAGAUCUUGGUUGGGAUAUUCCAUGCGCAAGAAGAGGAAGAAGAUUUAGUGCUAUAAGUUUAAAGCGAGAAAAUAGCCGACGCGCUAUUCUAUGCGGAGGAUGUCCUGGAUGUAAUAGUAGUGAACGAGCGAAGAAAAAUGCUAGUUUAAUUAGAUCAAAUUCGUGUAAAACUUGUGUAAGUGAUGAUUACAAGCAGAGAAUUGUUCAAAAAUGGUUAGACGAGGUCCCUACUCCUACCAAUGCAACCAGACCUGUUAAAUCAAUAGCUAAGGUGAGUGGAACUCCAAGAGUUAUUGAACCUAAAGAUAAAGAAGAAGUUAGAAUUAAUAUCGUUGAACCAGUGGUUAAUGAAGAGUCUGAGCCAAUUAGAAUUACAGAUUCGAUUAUGAUAAAUUUAAAAUGCGAAAGUAUUAUGGGAAAUCCGAUAAUCCAAGAACACAAAAAGAAUGAAACUUCGUUUGUUUUAUCAGCCGCUUCCAACUCUCUGGAAAGAAAAAGUCCUUCAAAUCAUGCUACUAGAAUUGUUAGAAAAAAAUUACCACCUCCGCCACCUCCUCCUAUCGAAUUCUCCGAUACACCUGAUACAAAGGAGGCUGUGCCUGUUUCUCCAGAAGUAAAAAGAAAAAUGCAGGCAGUAAUACGUGAAUUAAAUAAAUGUCGUCGUGUUGAACCAAAUGAUUUCUAUGACAUUCUUCAAUCACAAUCUGUAGUACCAAAAUUAGUAAUACCAGUAGUAGCGGCCGACACAGUUUAUUAUAGUGAUGAUAAUAGACUUUCUGGAGACUCUAAAAAUAAUAUUGAGAUUGAAAGCAAUGAACAAUUUGACAGUUUAGACAGAAAAAUGCCGAAAAAGAGAAGGUUUUCCUUAGAUUAUGCAGCACAAUCAAAUAAAAAAGAAAUCUUAAGCUUACAAAAUACUAAUAUAACCCGCGAUAGAAGAACACGAAGUUGGCGUGAUUUAAAAUAUAGUCAGACUGGAAAUAAUGUAGUUCAUCAAACAAUAACGUUUAACAGUGAUAAUAAGAAAAAAUAUAGCAGCAACAAUGAUGUAUUUGUUAAUUCUGUAGACCCUAUAUAUAAUAAUAUUGAAAAUCCUGGACCAUUAACAAUUGAAGUUAGAGGUUCUCCCGUAGAUAAUAAUAUAUCAAAAAUCAGUGAUGACUUCGAUCCUGACACUCUUGAUAGAAAACCUAAAAAAUCAGCAGAAGAUAAAGUACCUAAGAAACGCGUUGAAAAAAUAUUACUAAAAUCUGAGGGCAGUUUUAAGUGCAAACUUGUAGUACCUGAAAGCCAACCAAAAAUAUGUCCUACGGAAGACGCAUUUACAAGAAAAAUAGGUAGCUUGAGAGAAAUAUAUGAAGCUAGAAACAAAGCUCAUAAUGAAGCUCGAUUUUACGAAAGACGUGGUAGCGUACCGUAUGGAACGCAAGAGUUAGCAGCUUACGUAAAAAAUUUAGAACAACCUAAAAACCUAGGAAGUCAGUUCGACCCCAAACCACCUAUGCCACCAAAACAAAAACGGGGUUCAGAGUUUUACUCAAAAGGUCAAACACCAAGAAACAGUCCUCCGAGUGAUCGAUAUCGUUCUUCGGAAGAGAGAGAUAGAUUUCCACCCCAAGCAAGAAAUGACGAAAGAAGAAGUGAUCUAAAUGCUAGACGCUCUGGAAGACGGUCCGCAAGAACAAGACCCAGACGCGUGGAUAUAAGAAAGCUAUGCCGCACAGAAGACUCUGGCUACUUAAGCACAGAUUCAAAUGAGUCAAAACAAAGAGCGAGAUAUUUGUUGCAGUUUAAACCGAAGCUGCCUCUUCCGGAGCCAAUUCUCAAGAUGCCAGUGAGUAAAGUCAACAGUUUACAUAUAGAUACAGACACUGAUGACUUGGAAUCAUUAUGUGAUGGACGAAGUGAAUCCGGGGGUGAAAGCGUAGAGACUGAUUCAGUAUUUUUUGGAAACUUUAAAGACUCGAAAGAUAUUUUCGACGAACUAGGUUAUGGUUCUCGGAAUAAGUUAGGUCGUAAUCAGGAGCAAGUGGACUCUGGCUUUGUUGGUGAAACUAAUAUAAUUCUAAGUGGUGACAGUGACUCUGAACACAAAAGUGUAAUUUCUAUUGUAACUGGGCGGGACGGAAGAGCUUCGGCAGCUUCCAUUUCGAAUUUAGAUGACUCGCCUUAUGUACAAUCUGUGGAGUGUUAGAUCUUUUAUUGUUAUUAUGUAUUUUAAUUCAUAAAACCAAAACAUGUAAAUGUUAAUGAUAAGUCAAUACAUAAAUUACAAUACAACGAAUAAUUAAUUAAAUAUUAGGUUAUAUUUUAUACAAUAUGUAGGAACUUGAUAGUAAUCUGUUGUGCAAAAUGUACUACAUUUUGCACAACUGAUUACUAUCAAGUUAAUUUCUCAUCUCGAUGAGACGAUCAACUUUUUUCAUUUACGAAUAUUCUUGAUUCUGAUAGUUACCUGAAAAUAAAAAAUUCUGAGCUUCGGAACAAGAUAAUGUAUAACGCAAUUUGUUUUACACGCAACGCAACGAAAUUAUUAAAAGUACUUAUUUAUUUAUUAUUUAAAGUAAGUAUUACUAACCAUCUGUUUUUUUACUGUUGCUUAAUAAAUAGUUAUACAACUUAACAGCCACAAUGUCCUACAAAUUGCAUGGUAGAUUAUCUCGUUCCGACGUUCAGAAUUAUUUAUUUUCUGGUAACUCAUUUAGCUACCAGAAUCAAGAAUUUUCGUAAAUAAAAUAGUUGAUCGUCUCAUCGAGAUGAGAAAUUUACGAAAAAUUUACUAGAUAGUUAAUCAGUUGUUCUACAGAUCCCGGACGGUAUCAGAUAUUAAAUAAGUUUUAUUUUAAGCGCCACCGAAUUUUACCUCAUGAUAUACAAUAAGUGUAUAUUUUUUUAUCGUUGAAGAUAUAUUGUUGCAGUGAAUAAACUGCUUUAAUAGAAUCAGGUUUUCUGAUAUUAGUGUGCUAAUACAAUUAGACAGUACAUUUGAUUAGUAUGUUUAAUUUUUUAUUGACUCUCUUAACGCAUUAUAAUGGUCGUAAAUAAGCUGUGCUUGAUGUGAGUUAGAAUUUAGGAAGACUGCGUGGGGCAUUCUUUAAUUAGAAUGGAAAUAACAACGCAGUCAGUGUUAAAGUUGGUUAUAUUCGCCUUGUUAACUAUAAAUUUUAAAUUGUAGUCAUCUUUAAGUUAAUCAUUCUUCCUUUUUGAAAGUUGAAAAAUAACAAACGUUUGUUAUUUUCAAUAGAUGCAUCUUUCUGUUAGAACCCGAUUUUUUUAACUUGUAACCAUAGACGUAAUAAAAAGUCCAGACGGUUUCUCGCUGCCAAAAAAUUAAAGCACCAUAAUGGCGCCGAGUAUCUAUGUUGAGUGUGAAUUGUAAAGGAAAUUAAUGGCGGUGUUCAUAUGUGUAUCUGUGUGCGUGUCGGCGUAUACGUAUAUGCAAACUGGGAGAAUUGGAGUGCGUCACUUUUUAGCUCAGCCAGUCUACGUGAGCGUGAGUGAGCUGUCUGGAUUUUUUAUUGCGUCUAAGUUACUAUGCUUAUAUCUUGGUCCACUAAUCUACUUUAUACAAAAUAUCUUAGAAUACAGUGUAAAUAAUAGAUUAAUGUAUAUUAUAAUUUGUAUUGAAUGCCAUUUUUGUAUAUAUUAGAACCGGCCGGUUGUGCAAUUAAGUAAUUCAAAGUUUGAGGAAGAUAAAGAGGCUAAGAAAUUAUUCUUAACGAUUUAAAUUUUGUAUUGAUAUUUGUAAGCAUUUUUCUGUAAAUACUAUUACGAAUACGUAAGAUUUUGUUAUGUAAAUAAAUAUGAAUGAUAUGGUUUGGAUAAUAUAUUUGUAUUUGGAUGGUAAAUUGUAUAUUAUUUUGUUAUAUUAUGAUUUAGAAAGUGUAAUGAUAAAUAAAUACAUCCCUGUUAUGUUG